UCGUGAAUCGUGUGAAACAAGUUAGUUUGCCGCGAGAGCCGUGAGUUGUUUGUCAUUAGUGAUGGCCAGUUAGACGUUAACAAUCCUAUUUGCGUAUCAUCAAUGCUUACCAAGUUACAAGGUCGGGUGUCGUAUCAUUGUGUUUCUCCCGCCUGUCAGCCUGAACAUAUAAAGCCCAAGAUUAAAAAGAUGCAGCUUUGAAUUGUGUUUUAAAAAACAACAUAAGCUCUUAAAAUUGUACAAGCUCUGGUGAGACCGGGAUACUAUAUGCAGCAUCAUGGACCGGGGCUCCAAGUUCGUGCUUCGAAAGAUUUUAAUCGACUUUGUCUGCCUUUUUGUCGUGGGCAUGGCGGUCCUCGGAUUCUACCUGUUUGGAAGGCCGUACAAGCGCGGCUUCUUUUGCAACGAUGAAUCGCUACAGCAUCCAUACCUUGAUUCUACGGUGACCAAUUUUAUGUUGUACAUCGUUGGAUUAUUGCUUCCCACCUUAGUGAUCCUUUUAUGUGAGUAUCUUCAUUCACGGGAUAUUUCUGAUUCGACGCCACUUGUCCUGUUCAGCCACAGUAUACCCCUUUGGGUACGCAUGGCAUAUGAGAAGAUUGGGAUAUUCGGUUUCGGAGCUGCAACCACCGUCUUCACGACGGACGUAGCCAAAUACACCGUGGGCCGACUACGGCCGCACUUUAUGACCCUGUGCAAGCCUAACAUCGAUUGCACCGCUCCUGAAAACCAGCAUCGCUACAUCCAGAAUUUCGUUUGCACAGCACUACCAGAUCGGCUCCUUAAGGAACUCAGAUUGUCUUUUCCAUCUGGUCACUCGUCUUUUUCGGCCUACACCAUGAUAUUCUUGGCUCUUUAUUUGCAGCUGCGCUUCACGUGGAGAGGUAGUAAAUUGCUUCGACAUUUUCUCCAACUGAUGUGCUUGAUGAUGGCAUGGUUCACGGCGAUGACGCGAAUUUCUGACUACAAGCACCACUGGAGCGACGUUCUCGGUGGCUCUUCCAUUGGCAUCGCCAUAGCUCUUAUAAUGGUUUUUGGAGUAGCUGAUCUCUUCAAGGAAAAAAGAGAGGCCAAGUUUUUGAGCGAACAUAAACAGCACUUGAAGCCUAAAGCACGCGUAACCGAUUACGAGAUCUCACCCCUGCCGGAAUCCACGCAGCUUGAAUAUACACCAUUGAGAGGACAAGUAUUUGAUAGAACAUAUGGAGGAAACGGCUACUUGGAAUCUGAAAGUCAAUUAAGAAGCUAAUAAUUCCAAAAUUAAUGGAGUCAUUGAUAAACACAUUUUUACUUCAAAUAUUCUCUAUCAGCAAUAAUUACUCAUCACUUGUAAUUUUUUUCUAGAUAAUAAAUUUUUA